AUGGUUGAGCCUGGAAGAGUUGUGACCCUGGUUGAAGAUGCUGAGGGCUGCGUGUGGGGCGUCGCCUACCGGCUGCCGGCUGGGAAGGAAGGAGAGGUGAAGGCCUACCUGGAUUUCCGGGAGAAGGGCGGCUACAGGACCACCACGGUGAUCUUCUACCCCAAGGACGCGUCGGUGCAGCCCUUCGACGUGCUGCUCUACAUCGGCACGCGCGACAACCCCAACUACCUGGGCCCCGCGCCGCUCGAGGACAUCGCGCGCCAGAUCCUUGGCGCCGCCGGGCCCAGCGGCCGCAACACCGAGUACCUGUUCGAGCUGGCCAACUCCAUCAGGAACCUCGUGCCCGAGGACGUGGACGAGCACCUCUUCUCCUUAGAGACACUGGUCAAGGAGCUCUUGAGCAAGCACCAAAAUCUCAACUGUCUGUGAAGUGACCUCAAAACAGGCCUGGUUCUGGUGUUCUGGCCCCCGGGAGGAAUGCUCCUCUGCAUUGUGCUGUCCUAAUUAGUGCUGCAUAUCUUAAUUAAUGCUGCGUUCAGAGUAGGAGUUGAUUACUUAAAACUGCCAAAAUCAUUCUCCCAUUCUUUCUCAAGAAAGGAGAGCAACAAAAAUCUUCUAAGUUCAAAUUGGUAUCUCAGCUUUUCAUCCAAAACUACCCCUCAAGACAACCACCCAAACUUCUCUUUAUGUUUCAUUAUUAUUUCAGGUUUAAAAUACAUCUUUAGAAUAUUUUUGAGGUCAAAAUGCAGAGACAAGUUCCUUAGAUUUAAGUGAUAGUUUGUUCUGAUCCCACACCACAGUGCAGGACUUUUAAGUGGUUGGCCUAAAUUGUGUAGUAGAACUUUUAUAUCAACAUUCAACUCCUCUGAAAUAAAGUUAUGCUACUGAAUUAGUCAUCUCACCCUUUAGAUGUUAAUUUAUCCUUAAAUGCAGAGGAUAAACCAUUUUAUUGUAAAGGAGAUCAUUCCUUCCCUUGGCUGCUGAUGUCAAGCCCUGAAAACCAAAGCUCUGGGCGCUCUGACUCAAACAAGCCAUAACCUGUCAGUGCCUCGUUUUAAUUUUUAAUCCUAAUAUAAAUAACCCCAAAACAUUAAAAUUAACUAAGAGCAUGACUUGAAGUCUAACACAGCAAGAAGAGAAACUUUCAUCUCUUGUUACUUCAGGUGUGCUGUUGUGGCCCCCAUCUCUUCAAAGAUCCCAGCUGCAAGGACAGGUUUUAGUUUCAAGGAUUCACCAACAGAAGGAACCCUCUGGGAGGUUCCCAGAGACAAAAUUAAGGAAGGAACCCUCUCUCCAGCAACCUUAGGGGUGUGUUUGGACAUCCCAAGAGGGUUGGGAAGCCCCCAGUUUAGGCUGGUAGGCUUCCUGAUGCAAUCCGUCCCAACAUGGACUUGUCUUGCUCCUCAAAACUUUAUUUUUACUAACUUCUAACCGAGUAUAUUUUUAUAUAUUAAUAUAAAAGGUCCUGUUUCAAACACCACGUAACAUCCUGUUUUCCCAUCCAGGGAAUGUGUAAGUGUUUAGUAGCAGCCUGGAAGCCUGGAUUCUGCAUCAGUAAUUGCAAAAAAAGUGUGGUUUUCCCCUAAAAAGGUUGACCUUUUCUGUUCUUUACAUCUUCCUGGUUUAUAUUUGUGAAGGUAAAAGUGUGCAAUGGCAUUCUCUGCUUUCUUGAAAAUUCAUUUUAGAUUUAAAAAUUCUUUCCUCAAAGACUUAUCCUUGUUCCUUAAAAGAGGGCAGGGGAUUCAGAACCAUCAGGGCUGAUUCUCCCUUUAAAAUGCUAAUUAUUUAAGUACUGUGAUUCUGUGUAGCUCCACAUUCUCUGUCUUUGCCUCCAAGAUUUUGUUGGUACUUUGCUUCUUAAGUGCAUAAACCAUUGCAAUAAUACACGUUCCUGUGUAUGACUUCAGUGCAAUAAAAAAGCAUUACAAUGAAUAACGGGGCUGGAAA